AUGGCUAAGAGCAUGUGUGACGACAAAUCUGGUGCGGAAGUAUUAUUGGCUCGCGCUAUUCAACAAGCAAGUUUUAUUGGUAUGCAUGAGAAAAGCUUUGCCGACAUAGUUGCUGAUGGCGAUCCCAUUCUUGCGGAAAGCUGGAGACGUACUUGGUGGAUGUUAUACUUGACAGAUGCCAAUUUUUCUGUCACAAGACGUGAUUUUGUACCCAUGAUCACAUCAAGACACAACGUCGACCUUCCGUGUGAAGAUAGAUCUUAUGAACAAAUGGACAUUCCUCUUCAGGCAGCCACGUUACUCGAAUACCGCACUCGCGAAUUCGCGUUGGACGAUAAACCCUUUUCGUCUUUUGCAUAUCUCAUUGAUGCCACACAAAUCUUCAUCGCCGCAUUGACUGCUUCUACCCAGUACCAGGACAUCAUUGAAGCAGAAAUUUUGUGUGGCGACUUGGAGGCGAGAGUCAUCAGUUGGUUCCUAAUGCUACCACUAAACAAAAGAGAGCUCACUGUGACGCCGGGCUUAAUGGAUCAACUCAUGUUUCAAUCCCACAUGAUGAUGUAUACAUCUCUUGCCUUUAUUCACCGGCCCCUAUCAAACUUGAGAUAUGAUCCAGCGGAAGACAUUUCUAGUUGUGGCCCGCCCCCGCCACCAUUGGAGCAGAAUUCUGGAUAUACCAGGAUUGCCCACGGGGUACAUUCUGAGAAAUUGUUCCAGGCAAUCCGGAAGCAGACUCAAUGCUUAAUUUUGCUACCAAUGAGAGCGGCACAGCUGUCGCCAUUUGUGAUUUGUAUGAUAGCUUGUUCAACCAUCGCAUACCUAGUGGCAUCAAAAUUGGCGCUCAAGGCAGACGAGGCCGAAGCAGCUCGCAGUCGGAUCCGCAUUUCGUUGGCAACGCUGAGAAUGUACGAGGACGCUUGGCCGCGCGCGAAGAAAAUCUUGAUGGAAUUAAAGCGAAUUGCACAGAGCAUUUUGCAAUCGGCGACAGUAUCACCAACUCCAUCUAUUGACUCUCAGCAGCUUACAGACGAAACUACCAUCACCGCAAGUUUCUUUGACAAUGAGUGGCUGUGUGCUUUUGAGAAUACGACAUCUUAG